GCCCUCCCGGCGCGGUGGCAACUCGGAGCGCCACAGCGCCGUGGCUCGCAUGCGCGAGCGUCGGGCAGCCCGUGAUGCCGAGGAAACCUCGCAGCUGCCAAAUCCGCUGUCUGCGCGUACGCCAAGGAGAGACAACUCCGAGCUGCCAGCGAUGUCCUCUCUUGCCAGUGCAAAGCAUGGCGGAUUCCGCGGGGAUGCCGAGACUCGCCCGCCUUCGAUGGGCGAGGAUCGGGCGAGGGCAGACCGCGGUGCAUGCACCAGAGGCAACUUCGCUCAAACAGUGCGAGCAGACAGGCGGUUCAUGGACAUGCCGGUCGAUGAUGCCUUUCGAAGCAGCACUUGCCUCAUGCAUAGCGGUGGGCCCCGAGUGCGGGGCCCCGCCGAAGCAAGGGCUGCUCGGGAUCGCCCAUCAACCUCCACGUCGAGCCCGCGGAACCUGAAUCCAGACCAUGACGAGCUACCUCAGGGAGCACAAAGCGCUGACUUCAGGACGCUCCAGAGCAUGAUCGCGAAGGGCAUAGUCGAGUCGGAGAGUGGUGCUUCCAAAAUGGAAGUGACGCUGCGCGCCACAGAUGAUGACGAGCAGGAGCUCCGGCGCCACCGCGAGGCUCUAAGGCGCCAAAGGGCCGAACAGGAAGAGGCCAAGCACAGAGAGCGUGAGCAGGCAAGGGCCAAGCGGCAACGAGAAUGGGAUGAACGACAGCGUAAAAUAAAAGCCGAAGUUGACCGUGAGGAGCGGGAAAUGCUGCUCUCCCGGGAGGCAGACAAUGUGAACCUCAAAUCGUGUCAGCGAGAGCUGAAAGCUGCCUCGAGAAUUCAGGCUGUUGUGCGAGGUCGGCGAUCCCGGGCAGGACAGCAUGUUGAAAGCCCUGCCGUCCGCCCGGUCCUCCACGCCGAGCCCUUCAUCGUGAGGGCGGUUGAUCUGGAAUGA